AAUAAUAUUUUCAAUUCUACUGUGAAUGAAUACAAAUAUCUUAGAAACAAGAAGAAAAGUUUUGCCGAAAACAAAUGUGAAUUCUUAUAUGAAUAUAAAUCUGUAGGCAGUGUUUUCAGAAUUUGUAAAAAUGGCACGUAAUGCGGAGAAAGCAAUGACUACAUUGGCGCGUUGGCGCGCAGCUAAAGAGGCUGAAUCUGGAGAGAAAGAUAGAAGACCAUACCUAGCUUCGGAGUGCACCAGUUUACCAAAGUGUGAAAAAUACCGAUUAGAAAUUAUUCGCGAAAUAUCAAAGAAGGUAGCGCAGAUACAAAAUGCCGGCUUGGGCGAAUUUCGGAUACGAGAUUUAAAUGAUGAAAUAAAUAAGUUACUGCGUGAAAAGCGACAUUGGGAAAACCAAAUUUCUGCAUUAGGUGGCCCUCAUUACCGGCGUUAUGGCCCAAAAAUGUUUGACGCUGAAGGACGCGAAGUUCCCGGAAAUCGUGGUUAUAAAUAUUUUGGUGCUGCAAAAGAUCUGCCCGGAGUACGUGAACUAUUUGAGCAAGAACCACCUGCCCCACAACGUAAAACACGUGCUGAGCUAAUGAAGGAAAUAGAUGCGGAAUAUUAUGGGUAUCGGGAUGAUGAUGAUGGCACAUUAAUUCCAAUGGAAGAACGCAUUGAACGUGUAGCCAUACAAAAAGCAUUACAAGAAUGGAAAGAGAAAAUGGCACGUGAUGGUCAUGUAGAUGAGGAAGAAGAAGAGGAAAUAUAUGGUUCAUUAAAGACAACUGCUGAUGAUAAUGAUGGUGACGCGGACGCACACAAAACGGCUUCGAGUACAGAAGUUGUUAAUGAUCCUUUGGAAAUGUUAGCACCUCGUUUUACAGCACAUGUCCCAGUACCAACGCAAAAGGACAUUGAAGAAGCACUGCUAAAGAAACGAAAACAAGAGCUAUUGGAAAAAUAUGUGGGCAGUGAAUGAAGCAUUUUUUUCAUUUAAUUACUUAUUUUUACUUGAAAAGUAGUUAUGGGUGUACUAUAAUAUUUUAUAUUGUUAUUAAAAUUGCAAAGUAUAUUUUAUACAACAUGA